UUUAGUCUGUGUCUUACUCACAAGCCAGUGUUUUCACUUAAUUGGAGUUUCCAACUUUGGUUAUUGCCAUGCAUUUUCUUUUUAGCUUAAAGCUGAGCUGGUUGUACUUUGAGCUUCUAAUGGGUUAAAUGGUAACAAAGGAAGAUAGCCCUUGACCAAACAUUGCUGCAGGUUCAUAGGCCCUCAUUGAGCUUCUGGCAUAAAAAGACCCGAGAAGUCAGUGGGCAGAAGAGAGUUCCUUACGUGACAGAGGCAAGACCCACCUUGGCCAGUUAUGGACUCGUCUCAAGCAGAAAGGAAAAAAAUCAUUGUGAUUGGUGGUGGCCUGGUUGGAGCACUGAAUGCGUGCUUCCUUGCAAAGAGGAAUUUCCAAGUAGAAAUAUAUGAAGCGAGGGAAGAUAUCCGAGUGGCACAAUCAGUACGAGGGAGGAGCAUUAACUUGGCCCUUUCUUACAGAGGACGACAAGCCCUGAAAGCCAUUGGCCUGGAAGAUCAGGUUGUGUCUCAAGGUGUUCCCAUGAGAGGAAGAAUGAUUCACUCUCUGUCAGGAAAGAGAUCUGUUAUUCCCUAUGGGACAAAGUCUCAGUAUAUUCUUUCCAUAAGCAGAAAAAAUUUAAACAAGGAUCUACUGACUGCCGUUGAGAAAUAUCCCAACGCAAAGGUGCACUUUGGCCACCGGCUGGUGAAAUGCAGUCCUGAGGAGGGAAUGGUCACAGUUCUAGGACCUGACAACGUUCCCAAAGAUGUCACUUGUGACCUCAUUGUAGGAUGUGAUGGCGCCUAUUCGACCGUCAGAAGUCACUUCAUGAGGAAGCCUCGCUUUGAUUACAGUCAGCAGUACAUUCCUCAUGGGUACAUGGAGUUGACUAUUCCACCUAAGUGUGGGGAAUAUGCUAUGGAACCUAAUUAUCUGCAUAUAUGGCCUAGAAAUACCUUUAUGAUGAUUGCGCUACCUAACAUGGAAAAAUCAUUUACGUGCACUUUGUUCAUGCCCUUCGAUGAGUUUGAAAAACUUCUAACCAGCAAUGAUGUGCUAGAUUUCUUCCAGAAAUACUUUCCAGAUUCCAUUCCUCUAAUUGGAGAACAAGCCCUGGUGCAAGAUUUCUUUCUGCUGCCUGCUCAGCCCAUGAUAGCCAUAAAAUGUUCUUCUUUCCACUUGAAGUCACACUGUGUGCUGAUGGGAGAUGCAGCUCAUGCCAUUGUCCCAUUUUUUGGGCAAGGAAUGAAUGCGGGCUUUGAAGACUGCUUGGUAUUUGAUGAAUUAAUGGAUAAAUUCAAUAAUGAUUUUAGUAUGUGUCUUCCUGAAUUCUCAAGAUUUAGGAUUCCAGAUGACCAUGCAAUUUCAGACCUGUCUAUGUACAAUUAUGUAGAGAUGCGGUCCCAUGUCAACUCCUUGUGGUUCAUUUUUCGAAAGAACUUAGAGAGAUUUCUUCAUGCUAUUAUGCCAUCUACCUUUAUCCCUCUGUAUACAAUGGUCACUUUUUCCAGAAUAAGAUACCAUGAGGCAGUGCAGCGCUGGCAUUGGCAAAACAAGGUUCAUUCCAUAAUGAAACACAGAUGGAUAAGAGAAAAAAACAAAUAGAAGUGUAUGAACAUGUACACAUUCCAUGUGUAUGUGGGAAACACCCACAGAAUAAGUAAAGCUCAAAGAGCAAGUUUAACACUCCCUGGUGUAUGCAGCAUCUUUAACAAAGGAAAAUAACUAGAGAAGUGACCAGAAAAAGGAAAAGGACAUUGAGAAUUUGAGGACAACAACUUGCAGGAAGGCAAAUAAGUAGGGAGUUUGUUACAUUGAUUCCUUUGGCAUCAUCUCUCUGCUGGAAGGUGCCCAGAGUUGUCCCUGGUGGUUACCUUGCCCUUCCUGUGGACUGACUGAUAAGAAAUGAAGAAUAAAUAACACUUCUUAUGAAUACACUUGAACACUUUUCAUCUUCAGAUAUGUUUGUUUACUGAGCACUCCUUUUCUAAAUCCAGAACUCGUCAAAAAUGUGAAAAAUUAUUAAAAGGAAAAAUAAACACCUGUCACACUCA